AUGGCUUUCAAUGAUGGUAAACAUGUGAUGUUCUCUUAUUGUCGAAAAGAUUUGAAAGUUGUAUCUCAAAUCUAUGAUACUUUAACAAAUGCAAAUAUUCCCGUUUGGUUUGAUCUACAUGGUGGAGUUAAAGAUAAUUUAUAUAAAAGUAUGGCAGAAGCAGUAGAAAAUGCUUCGAUAGUUUGUUGUUUUAUGUCGCCAGAAUAUCAAGAAUCAGAAAAUUGUCAAUUGGAAUUAACAUAUGCUGAAAGACAACGUAAACAUAUUAUUCCAUGUAUUGUCGCUGAUAAAUAUGAAUGGAGACCUUCAAAUUGGUUAGGAUUAAUUACAUCAAGACUUUUAUAUAUUCAUUUUGAUCCUCAUUCAGAACAAAAUAUUGAUCUUAAAGCAAAUGAGUUAGUUCAACGAAUAAAAGAACAUUCAUCAUUUCCUGAUUCAAUCGAUUCUCAUCUUACAAAUCAAAAUCUCGGUGUUUUGUACGAACGUGGAACUGAAAAUUGUGUAAAACAUGAAAAUGAAGGUCAAUCUCGACAUUUAGUGAAACAUUCUCAUCCAUCUCAUAAACAUCAUCAUCCUCAUCAUCAUCAUUCACAUCCACAUUAA